GUUGCUAGGAGACCGGAGUCGGGUCGCAGAGUGCAGGAUGGAGCCCAGCGCGGAUGGGAGCCCCGGGAUCGGGUUCCUGGAUGAUGAAAAUGGCAGACUGCGACAGCUCAAACUACAUAACCAGAGGACUCUGCUGGAACAGAAACAGAGGAAAAAGAGGCAAGAGCUGCAUAUGGUACAGCCAAACCACGACACCAGACAGCGAAGACCUAAAUCCAGGAAGAGUGAGGAGCAGGCGCCUCUGAUGCAGUGUCAGACUCCUCGCUCUGUCUGCUCGGAUGUCAUUUUGGAUGGAAUUGACGGCCCGGCUGCCUUUCUUAAUUCAGACACUCAGGACAUGGAGUACAAAAUCCACAUUUUGUCAGUUGGAGAAACGUCCCUUGAUGAGAUUGAAUCUGACAACUCCAGACCCAACUCCAGCGACACGAGCACCAGGUCUAGGCCUGGCGAGGGAAAAGUGUCAGUGGAGGUUAAGGGCAUGUCUGAGAUCACCAAUGAGUACAAUGCCCAGUCUGCUCCCAGCGAGGUGAAACCCCAAAAGGUAAAAGAGCCGAUGUCCCGUGCCAGAAAGACCACAGCCCGACCCGAUCCUGUCGAGGAAAAGAUUCAGGAGAAUGCGGAAGAAUCGAAACGGGAUCUCCUGGAAAAGCUGCAGGAGAGGGGUAUCUCGGAGAGCCUAAACUUUGAUGAAGACUCUUCAGAAGGGGAUGAUGUAGACUCUGGAAGUACACGGCCUGGUUCUUCCUCCAGUAAAAAGUCUCUGACAGAAUCGGCUUCUGCAGAGACAAUACCCACUGUACCUCCAGGGGAGGUAGGAGAUGUGGGUGAUCUGAAAGAAUUUUCCGUGCGCCCUGCAGGUCGUGGUGUCGCUGUAAGGUGCCGCAUCAGCCGUGACAAAAAAGGGAUGGACCGUGGCUUGUUCCCAACCUAUUAUAUGCACCUUGAAAGGGACGACAACCGCAAGAUUUUCCUUCUGGCCGGAAGAAAGAGGAAAAAAAGCAAAACAUCCAAUUACCUGAUUUCUACCGACCCCACGGACUUGUCGCGGGAAGGGGGCAAUUUUAUAGGCAAACUCCGAUCGAACAUAAUGGGAACCAAGUUUACUAUAUAUGACGGUGGUGAGAGCCCAGAUAAAGCCAAGGCCCAUGGACUGCUGGACAGUAGCACUUUGAGGCAGGAGCUGGCGGCAGUGUGUUAUGAGACAAAUGUGUUGGGCUUUAAGGGACCUCGAAAGAUGUCUGUAUUAAUUCCCGGAAUGAAUAUUAAUCAUGAACGGAUUCCUUUCCAGCCGCUAAAUGAAUCAGAAACGCUUCUGUCCAAGUGGCAGAACAAGCACCAUGAGAACAUCAUCGAGCUGCACAACAAGGCUCCCGUGUGGAACGACGACACACAGUCCUAUGUGCUAAACUUUCACGGACGCGUCACACAUGCUUCAGUCAAGAACUUCCAGAUUGUGCAUGACAAUGACCCGGAGUACAUUGUCAUGCAGUUUGGACGAGUGGCGGAGGACCUUUUCACACUGGACUACAGCUACCCUCUGUGUGCUUUGCAGGCCUUUGCGGUGGCUCUCUCUAGCUUUGACAGCAAGCUUGCGUGUGAGUGACAGAGAAGCUCCACCACCCCCGUGCCUACUUAUUUGCAAAAAAAAAAAAUGGCACUUUCCACUUGCCGUCUUAGUCUCUUUCUUGUCUUCUGCAAGUCAGAGCAAGACUGAGCCUCCUUUCUGGGGUUAUGCAUGUGUCCGUCCUUGCCUGCUAAGUACUGACUUGCGCCUGUAAUGCGCAAAAGACUUUGUGCCUUUAAUUACACUAAAUAUGCAACGACAAGGGCGAGUGAUCCCACUCUACUGCUUCCUCCUAUUUUUUUCCAUAAUCGUUGCUUUAUGUUCAGAUGGUAUGCUUUGUUUGUGGACUUGUAUUUGUUAGGCGGAGUAAUCACACACUUCCAAAUCAAGCUUUGCAGGAGCAUGG